ACUCGCCGGGAAAGGUCACAGGGAUAUGCCCGCCAUGGCUGUAGCUUUCCCGGGCUCCUUCCAUACAUCCAACCCGUCCAGCCUUCUCAGCAAUUUGCAACGAUCCAGAACAUAGAUUGCAGCUUUUGCAAGCGUUCAUGACUGAAAUGAUGACAGAAAUGGAGGACGACGCAGAGCGUCCCGAGAACGAGAUCACGUCGUCAUCACGUGAUAACUUCGUGAUUAACGAGUGUCCGUACUGCGACUUCAACUCUCAGUACAAGAAGAACCUCACGCGUCAUCUGAAGAGGGUUCACCCGCGGGAGAAGUUUUACAAGUGCAGCCACUGUCAGUUUACCACCCCGUUCGAAUGUGAGAUGAACAUACACCGCUCAAAACACAAAGUUUGGGCCAUCAAAAUCUACCGAUGUCGUCACUGCGAGUUUGCCGCCACACGCCGUAAGGCUUUAAGAGUCCACCUGGCGAAACACACCAAACCCUACAUGUGUGGGGAGUGUGGAUAUAGAGCAGCUUACAAGUUAUUUGUCUAAAUUCACAGAUCAAACAUGGCGUCACACAUGAAAAUUCACAUCGGGGAAAAGCCUUACAGAUGUCCGCGCUGUUGCUACGCGACCGCGGAGGCGGGCAAACUCUCGCGUCACAUGCGACUCAAACUGCACCGCCCCGAAGACUCGCAAGAGGGCGUCUACAAAUGUCCGUGUUGCGACUUCAAGUCUUCCACUCCGUCGGUGAUGAUCGUGCAUUUCGCCACGCCGAACGCGGAACACUUUUUGUGCUCGAUUUGUUCGCACGUCAUGACACAAAAGGACGACUACGAAGCGCACAUGCACAGCCACAUAGGCAACCAGUAUUUCCGUUACCAAAACGGAAAAUGUUCCACCGUUUGGAAGCGUCGACGUAUGUACCGAACGCCAACAAAAGAGCUCCAGAAACCUGCCAAACCCCAUAGUAGCCCUCAAACUUAUUCCGACUUCUACUGGUCAAACAAACUGUUGAACUGUUGUUUGGAUAGCUUUCGUCGCCCGACGUACUGGCUUUGCUAUAAGGACCAACAUGGGGAUUUCUUGACAACAUCAGAGAGACAGAACCGCGUACCCUUUUCGGAACCACCAAUGCAUUCCGAACACUUGGGCGACAAGAUCUCAGAAAACUCAUUUAAGGAUGAGCCUGUUUGGAAUGGUCUCAGUGGCAAAGAAGACAACAACAAUGAGUGCUACCCGGUACUCUGUACACUUUUGACAACGGAAGUCAAGUAGACACACUGAAUACCAACGUGCAACUCGGAAUGACAGUCAACUUUUCCAAUUCACGAUGUUCCGUUUUAAACGUUAUAGUAUUCGCCAAGCAGAUGCACCACCUUUCUGGGUUUUUGGUAGCAUUUCUGAAGGUAUUUAAUAAUUGAAUCUUGAUCAAGAAAACGCACCAAUCGAAAGACGUACAGUGCUACAAGCACAG